AUUCGAGAUUCUGUCCACCUUACGCCAGUACUAACAAGCUCCAUUUUGAACCAAAUAGCAGGACGCAGUCUUUUCUUCAAAUGUGAACUCUUCCAGAAAACUGGGUCUUUUAAGAUCCGUGGUGCCCUUAAUGCCAUCAGAGGCUUAAUUCCUGACCCUCUGGAGGGGAAACCCAAAGCCGUUGUUACUCACAGCAGUGGGAACCAUGGCCAGGCUCUCACCUAUGCUGCCAAACUGGAAGGGAUUCCUGCUUACAUUGUGGUGCCUCAGACGGCUCCCAACUGCAAGAAACUGGCAAUACAAGCCUAUGGGGCCUCUAUAGUAUAUAGUGAACAGAGUGAUGAGUCUAGAGAAAAGGUCACUCAAAGGAUUAUGCAAGAAACAGAAGGCAUCUUGGUCCAUCCCAACCAGGAGCCUGCAGUGAUAGCUGGACAAGGGACAAUUGCCCUGGAAGUCCUGAACCAGGUUCCUUUGGUGGAUGCACUGGUGGUACCAGUAGGGGGAGGAGGAAUGGUUGCUGGAAUAGCCAUUACAAUUAAGGCCCUGAAACCUAGCGUGAAGGUCUAUGCUGCCGAACCCUUGAAUGCAGAUGACUGCUACCAGUCCAAACUGAAAGGAGAACUGACUCCCAAUCUUCACCCUCCAGAAACCAUAGCAGAUGGUGUCAAAUCAAGCAUUGGCUUAAAUACUUGGCCUAUUAUAAGGGACCUUGUGGAUGAUGUCUUCACUGUCACAGAAGACGAAAUCAAGCAUGCAACCCAACUGGUGUGGGAGAGAAUGAAACUGCUCAUUGAGCCUACUGCUGGUGUUGGAUUGGCUGCAGUGCUAUCCCAGCAUUUCCAAACAGUCUCUCCAGAAGUGAAGAACAUCUGUAUUGUACUCAGUGGUGGGAAUGUAGACCUAACCUCCCUAAACUGGGUGAAGCAGGCUGAAAGUCCUUACCAGACUAUUUCCGUUUAAAUUCAUGAAUUGUCUCUAGAUGAAAAUUGUUUUCAAAAUUCUAAUGGAGAA